CAAAUGUGGUUAUACAAAUUAGUCACCUUGUAAAAAAUGUUUAAUUACAUCAUUUUAAAUCUGUCUGUAAACAAUGUGCAUGUUUGAAAAGCCCUACCAACUGCAUAAAGUCCAGACUGCUGAAAUCAAGUAGUGGUGAAAACAUCAAGGUCGGACCCUAGCUGGUAAAGCAGAUGUUGAGUGAUUUAUAAACAUGUGAGUUUCUGACACAUGGCUACACUAGUGUGAUUGAUUCUUCACGUAUCCACUGUACGUCGAGUGGUGAGUAAAUCACAAAACAUUUAAGCUUUGCUUUCUGUCCUAUAGAAGCGUGUAAGCAAUAUAAGCACUCUCUAUAAUGUCUGUGUACAUACAGGUCAGGUACUAUAUAAGGCACACAGCCCUGAGGGUAUAGUUACCUGCACUUCAGUUUACAGGUGUGACUCUGAUGUCAGCAUUGUAGCAGAGCUGAGCGCUGGAGUAAAAUCACUUUACACCUAGUAUGAUCUGACGCCAGUUUCAACACAACAAUGUUCACCUAUUUUCUACUUUUGGGAAUGAUCUGCACAUGCAGCACACACCUUCAUGGACGUCAUAAAAGAUCUUGGAUUAUAGACUCGUUUGACAUUGUGGAGGAACACCCGGGACCUUAUCCAUUUGAACUGGGUCAGAUUAAAUUGGACCGUAGUUAUUCAGUGGAGUUUUUGCUAAAAGGCAAAGGGGUGGAUGAAGAACCAAAGGGCGUCCUUUCUAUAAAUCCCACCACAGGAUUAAUUAAAGUGCAUCGUAAAGUCGACUACGAGCAGUUCAGAGUUCUCAAGCUAACGUUUCAAGCAAGAAAUAAGUCCAACUAUGCUAUAGACACGCAACUAGGCAUGGAGGUCAACAUACUGGACAUAAACGAUAACGCGCCCGUCUUUCAGACCAAGUUAUAUAAUGUCACUAUAACUGAGGCCACCAAGCAAGGUGGUUUUAUAUUAGGUGUAUUAGCCACAGAUAGAGAUGCACCGGGAACUAUUAAUUCAACUGUUGAUUACAAAAUCAUUUCUGUAACUCCAAAAACUCCAAACGCUGAAUUUUACAUGCGAGACAAUGCUAUAAUAUCAUUUCGAGGAUGUCUGGAUUAUGAGGUGGCUAAUAAAUACACUAUACUAGUUGAAGCAAAGGACCGGGGAGAGAUUGUAAAGAUGUCAAGCACGACUACAGUGGUUAUUAAUAUUCAGGAUGGCAACAAUCACAUGCCUGUUAUAACAGGACAAACGGGCUCUAGUAAGGUGUUGGAGGGUACGAAUGGUUCCUCCCCCCUUAUCAUACAUACAACUGAUUUAGACACCCGUCUCACUGCUGCGUGGAGGGCCGUGUACACCAUACAAGGAGAUAAAUAUGAUCACUUCUCCAUCCACACCGACCCGGACACUAAUGAUGGAGUACUCACAGUUGUUAAGCCCCUAGAUUAUGAAAAGCAGGCACUACAAAGUAUCAGCAUUACUGUAGAUAAUGAUGAGCCUUUUUACUCGUGUGAGGUGAAAGACAGGCCUGCAAGUGGGCUUUGGAUUAUCACUUCACAUCAAGCCACAAAAUCCACUCGAGGCUUUAACAUUACAGUGGAAGACGUCAACGAGCCCCCGUAUUUCCCUCAGCGGGUGAGGAGGGUAGUGUUGGAGGAGAACGGUGCCGUCGGAGUGUUUGUGGACAAAGUGGUGGCGGUCGAUCCUGAUACUCAACAAAAACCUGUACUGCAGUACACUCUUGAACAAGAUCCUGCAGGCUGGCUCAGAGUCAAUGCCACAACAGGAGAGAUCUUUGUGAAAAAACCUUUAGACAGAGAGUCAAGUUAUGUGAAAAAUGGCACUUAUACAGUCACUGUGAUUGUCACUGAGAAAGAUGACCCUAAAAUGACAAGCACUGCUACGGUUAACAUCUACGUCGAAGACAAGAACGAUAAUGUGCCCAUGUUAAAGGAAACCGCCGUCUCUGUCUGUCAAUCUGAUGAGGUUUCUAGUACAGAGAUCACGGCGUAUGACCUUGAUGGAGAUCCAUACAGUGGACCAUUCAGAUUUGAACUAAUAGGAGAUGUUAAGGACGAAUGGAGCAUCGACCCGAGCCACGGUAACACCGUGCACUUGGUGAAACACAAAAACGUUUAUCCUGGUAUGUACACACUGACGGUGAAAAUUUCGGAUAAGCAGGGCAUCUCUUUUCUCCAGAAUCUCACCGUCUCGGCGUGCGAUUGUUCAGUCUCACCAAGCUGUCUUGUUCAACGCAACACACAGAAAAAAGUAGGAACCGGUGUCAUUGGAACGGCCAUCUUUGCCUCACUGCUGGUUUUCGCACUUCUGCUGCUCUCCAUCACUUGCUCUUGCGGGGCUGUAAAGUCUUUGGCACACGUGGACUAUGUUUUAAAUAAUGUCCUGCCAUCUAACACUGAGAACCCUGGAACAGAUUGUAUGGUCCCGAACACUCUCCUGAAGAAAAAAUAUGAGGCUCAGUCAAAGGAGGCUACUCUGGUAUCUAACAAUAUUCAAACCAAGGUGAACGUUCAGCAGGUAGCGAGCAUGAAUAUGAGCCCUCGUAAUACCCUGAUUCAAAUGAAUGGAAUCCAGACCAGCAAAAGAGCGCAAUACAAUUUCAAUGAGAUAUCCACAUGGAAACAGUCCCUGUAUCGGAGUAACAGUCAUUAUAAGGGUACAAUGGUUAGCAGAAUGACCUCUAAAAGACAAAAUUCAUAUACCAUGAGCCGACUGCAUUUACAAAAUAUACUCGUACAGAGGCUUCAUUCAAUACAGUCACUGGGAAAUGAGUUGCUUGAUUAUGAGCCUCAUCGUUACGCUUUUGAGGACAACUCUGAAUACUUUUCAGACCUGGACCCUAUAGACUUGCCCGAUAAUGACUUUGAUCCUGAGCCGUUCUCUGACCUUGGACCUGCAUUUAGGCAACUGGCUUCAAUCUGUAACCCAGAGAAAAGCUCGACAACAAAAGUGAUUGAAAAUGGCACUAUAAAAUAUAUGUAAUAUAUGUCCUAAGUAAAGUAAUAUGGGUUAUUUUGAAUAGGAUUAAGGGCUCGGUCAUACCAAGAAUGAUCAUAGUGACAAUUCUCAUAAUGAUAAGUGAAUUGGAGUUACAAUUUAUUUUGAUAGUCCACUUUAGACAUUUAGGGAAGGGAUACUUGUAUUCAGUAGAAUGACAGAUGAGGGACCAUUAAAAUAAAUUGUUAAUACAUAUUAAGCAGACAGUCUACUAACUACUCUAUGACUAGCAGUUGACAAGUGGUUACAAUAAAUAGUUAGUAAAAUGUGUAGUAUGAAGUGGACUAUUAAAAUAAAGCAUUACCGAAUUUUGAUUGUUUUGUUUUUCCGUUCAAUAAUAUUGUUCCUCUGUCAUUAUAAUUGCGGUAUGGAGUGCACUUCUAUCUUACAGUUAAAAUUAUUUUUUUAAACUAUCUUAUAGUUAUGGUUCUUGGUGUGAACAGGCCUUAACUGUUGCAAAAAAUAAUCUUUUAUAGGUAUUUGGGUGUAAUUGAGACAGGGCUUAUUUUUUAGUUGAAUAGAUUUAUGUCCUUAUAUUUUUUUACGGCGGGGGUUUGUUUGUUCAAGCAGGAUAAUAAAUCAUGUGGAUAUCUUACUUUAAAA